AUGAAUACAAAUCUAUUAUAUAUUCCGUAUCGUGAAACCGAUAUUAUAGAUUUAGGGAAUGAAUUGAGAAAUAUUAUAAAGAUGGAGUAUUUUCAGCCAUCAUCAAAUUUUGAUAGAGACCUCCAGGCAGUAAGAAACUUACGAAAUAAUAUAAGUAAUUUGAAAAAUGAACAAGUCAAUAACAACGACGAAACGGUAUGUGUUCAAUACUACCAUCAGCUCAGCAAUGUGAUCAAAAAAUUUCCAGACGAAUGCGUUGAGUUUUCAUGGUAUGGUACGUUAGGAUAUGGAAGAAGUGGCCCUACUAGAUCAAGAUCAUUAAGAAUCGAGCAAUUGAAUAUUUUAUAUCAAUUGGGAUCUUAUUUUUCACAGGCGGCGUUAAUGGAAUCAAGGUAUAGCGAUGAAGGUUUGAAAAAAUCCUGUUCAUAUUUACAGGCUGCGGCUGGUUGUUUUAAUAGCAUGAUUUUACAAAUACAAAAAGAGAAUGAAAAAGAGACAGGAAUGAUUCGUAUUCCUAGAGACUUACAGCCUGAAACAUUGCAAUUUUUGAAAAGUUUAAUGAUAGCCCAAGCGCAGGAAACUAUAUGGCAAAAGUCACUUGCAUCAGGAAUGAAGGAUUCGGUCAUAGCUAGAUUAUCAAUUCAAACCUCGGAAUAUUAUUCUACUGCAGCCAAGUAUGGCAACUCAUCUGAAUUCAUCAAGUUAGAGUGGAUAAAUCAUGUAACAGUCAAGCAAUUUCACUUCAAAGCUGCUGCACAUUAUAGAGUAUCUAUUCUCAAUCACGAAGGCUUUAAAUACGGAGAGCAAGUUGCGAGCUUACAAGUAGCUCUUAGCAGCUGUGAUUCUGCGUUUAGAAAAAAGAAGUAUGUGAAUGAUUUUGUUAUUGAAGAUUUACAAGGUUUAACUGAAACUAUUAAGAGCACCUUAAGGGUCGCCGAGAAAGACAAUGAUUUAGUCUAUUUGAAACCUGUACCGAAAGAAAAUGAUUUAGCCCCGAUUCCCGGGGCAUCUCUAGUGAAACCCAUUUUACCACCAGCAAUAGAGUCAUUCGACGACAGUAGUGUAUUGUUUAAAGAGUUAUUACCUUAUCUAAUCGUUCAGGUGGGUCAAGCAUAUCGUGAGAGACAGGACUCAUUUAUUAGGGAUCUGUUUAUCGACCCAAUUCAAUCGUUAAAUAAAAUUAUGUACAAAUUCAUAACCGAACGGAAUCUACCAGCGUCAAUUGAUACUAUUCAAAAACCAGAAAAUUUACCCGAAUCUAUUAUACAACAUUCGCAAGAAAUAAUAUCUUAUGGUGGGACAAAACUCAUUGAAGAUUCAUUAAAUGAAAUUGCAAAAUUGACAUUGGAAAGUAGACAUAUUUUAGAAGGGUGUCAAGAAAGAUUAAAAAUUGAAGCCGAUGAAGAUGAUAUUAUGAGAGAGAGACAAGGUUCUCAACGAUGGGCAAGACCGAAAUCGAGUGAAGCAUCGUCCGAAUUUAUCAAUAAAAUAAACAAAAUGGAACAAUAUUUAGAUCAAGCUAAAGAGGGCGAUCAGUUUAUCAUAUCUCAGUAUCAUGAGAUUGAACCAUAUUUGCAGUUGUAUUGUGGUGGCUAUAAGGAGUUAAUACAAUUCAUUCCCAAUUCAACUUACGUCAAGUUAGACACCAAAAUCAAUGAAAUUAUUAUCAAACUAAGGGAGUUGAUAAAUGAAGUUAGUAGGAUAGAGAAUCAAAGAAAACAAUUUUUGACAAGGAUAGAAAUAAAGGCCAGAAAUAAUAAUAUUCUCCCAAGUAUAAUUGAUAGCUUUAAAAAGAAGCAACGCAAACUUUACGAGGAAAAUGCAGCAAUAGAUGAAAGAUCAUUCGAGGAUGUCUAUGCAAAGCAUAUCACAAUGUUCAACAGUGACCUUAGAUUUUUGGAAGAUCUGAAACAUGCACAAAUUGCAUUGGAAGGGAAUAUUGACGACUUGAAUCAGGAAUUUGAAUCUGAAUAUCAACACACGAAUAAUGAAUCACAAUAUAAGAGACAAGAAGUACUACAGACUUUAGAAAAUGUCUAUACUAAAUAUUUGGAAUUGAUAUCGAAUCUAAAUGAGGGGUCAAAAUUCUACAGUGAUUUCAUUAUCAAAAGUAAUAGUGUGCUAAAGGAAUGUGAUGAAUAUGUAUAUCACCGCAGAGUAGAGGGAAGAGAACUUGAAAUGUUCUUGAAUAAUCAAGCAGUGCCAGUAGAAUCAGUAGGCUCUCAGCAACUGGCCCCUGAUUUUCCUCCCCAGCCUAUGGGUGGUACAUGGAACCCAAAUAACGGUAUAAAGUUUGGAUAG